UGAUCGGUCAAUUUCGUGAUGACGCCGUGUGCACCCAGUACAUAGGUAUAAUUAUUGUGUGGCUUUCUAUUGGUACGAGCAAGCGUAAAAUUUACUUUGAUAUUGCAAAAUGGAGAAGCCUAAUAAAGAAACACUAAAGUUGGAGAUCGUAAAGAUCUUGAAAAAUGCUGACUUCUCGAAGACAUCCACCAAGAAGGUCAUACAGAAGUUGGAGGAGGUGUUUCAAUGUGACCUGACAGACAGGAGGAAGAUGAUUGACGCAAUAGUCAUAGAGUAUGUGAAUGACCACUUCCCUGAAGGGGAGGAGGAGAACGAGCAAGAUGAUGAAGAGGACGAUGAUGAUGAUGAUGAAGAAGAAGAAGAAGAAAAACCGAAGCGUGCACCGACCAAACGCGCCGCCCCCGCCUCCAAGCGGCCCGCUAAGAAACAGAAGCAAUCUUCUGACGAAGAAGAUGAAGAGGCCAGUGGGAGUGAGAGUGACUAUGAGAAGGAGAAACCCAAAAAGAAGAAAGGAAAGAAGAAGGACUCAGAUGGUGACUUCGAUAGCGAUUGGGCCAAGAAGGAGAAGAAGAAGGCUCCCAAGGGGAAAAAGGCGGGCGCUGGGCGCGGCAAGGGCGGCGGCUACACGCGCGCGUACACGCUGUCGCCCGCGCUGGCCGAGCUGGUGGGCGCCGAGCGCAUGCCGCGCCACGAGGUGGUCAAGCGCGUGUGGGCCAUCAUCAAGGAGAAGAAGCUGUACGACCCCAACAACAGGCAAUUCGCGAUAUGCGACGAUGCUCUUUACAAGGUGAUCGGUACAAAACGUUUCCGCACAUUUGGUAUGAUGAAAUACCUUAAAACUCAUUUCCUCGACGACUAAAUGAGCACCUAGAUUAGUGGAAUCCAUAAAAAGAGAACCAGUUAUAUGUCGUAUUUUAUCCUUAUUGGUUCAUCGCUUUUUAUUUCUUGUGAAUUUAUAAUGUAUUUUCUAAUAAGAGGGAGAUGUUUAAUGGUAUGGUAUGGUUUAGGGGUAGUCCGUAUGAUUCAUACAUACAUAUAGUCUUUAUCCUUUACGGGGUAGACAGACUUACUCGUUUAAUGCUGUUUAGUAUACAGCAAAAUUUUAUUUUGUGUUAUCUUAAAAAACCAUCACAUUUAUCAAUGUUUUUGAAAAUGUGAAUCUUUGGAACUUAAAGGAAAUUGGCAUUUAUUUUUGUUUCUACGAACCUACCUAAACCUAGACUAGACCAAUUAAGAUGCUCAUGAAGUUUAAUUGUCUUGAUGUAAAGUUUUUUUUAGUGAUGAAACUUUUUACCUUAUGUAAAGACAAGACACACAUUUACUUCACUAUAUUUAUAUUAAUUUUCUUCUUAAUUUGCUGUGAUAUCUUUUUAUGGAUUGUAAUUAUAUAAGCCAAUCACGAGAUGGCAUUAGAACGUCCUUAAAAUCUUCCAUCGCGUUCAAAACGUAUGCAAUUUUACAUGAUUAAGUAUUAAUAUCAAUAAUACCAAUAUUUUUAUUUUUAUUUUUUAAUCUGCGUAAAUAAGCUAGUUGACGAAUUUUUGACUUAUAUCUUAUUCCAUAGAAUAAAUGAGUAUUUACUACAUUUUUUGGCGUACUAACAUAAAAGACACACACAACAACGCAGGAUUAAUUUUAAAAUCCAAUUUAAAAAUUGUGUUUUUUGUUUUUAAUUCGAAACGCCGAAAACGCUGUCGGCCAUGAUGUGACGUCAUUCAACUUGUAAACAAAUGAACGUCAUCCAUAUGUGGUGUUUCUAAAAUUCUUAAUUCUUCGAGAAAUACUCCUAAUUAAGUUCUUGGUUUUAUUGAAAAACAAUAAUAAUAAUCAUCAGUUUCUAACUGAAUGGUAAAUAACUUUAGUACCUACUUUGUUCACUGUCUUGAUACAUACUUAACCUAAAAAAUGAAUUACAAAAAAAAAAAACAACUUUCAGAUACAGUAAAGUUGUUAACUAAGUAGGUAGUUACAUCAAAGUGAUCUUCGCAAAAAUACAUUUAGAGUUACAGUCGAUAAAGAUUCAUGAUCCCUUUGAGCUAGUCUUAACCAUGCGUUACGUAUAUUAUUAUGUGUUUCACUAGGUACCUACUCGAAUCCACAACUAUUCUGGGGUCUUUAUCGAUUUGUUUUUGCAUUCUUUGUCGAUACUACAACGAUAAUUACUAUAUUUUUCAUGUACACUAGUAGAAGUCAUGUUUUAAAUUUAAACUUGGGAGGUUAUGCACGACAAAUGUUUGUUU